CUUUGUCCACACUUUAGCCUUCCUUUUGCCUCUCCACUCCGUCUCAGAAUCAGUGAGCAGAAAGAGAGAGGAAAAAGAAAAGAAGAAAAAAAAACAGAAAGAAAAAUCACAGUAUAUGGGAUGGAGGCAACGAACAACAUCAUAGCACCGUUCGUUAUGAAGACUUAUCAGAUGGUCAACGAUCCAACGACGGACAAUCUGAUCUCCUGGGGAAGAGCCAACAACAGCUUCAUCGUCGUCGACCCUCUUGACUUCUCGCAGCGAAUCUUGCCCGCUUAUUUCAAGCACAACAACUUCUCCAGCUUCGUCCGCCAGCUCAACACUUAUAAAUUCCGAAAGGUCGAUCCCGACCGGUGGGAGUUCGCGAACGAGUGGUUUCUCCGCGGUCAGAAGCAUUUGUUGAAGAAUAUUUUGAGGCGAAAACACAACAGUGGCGGCGGCAGCAGCAACAAUAGCAAGAAUAAUUAUUAUUCCAAUAGCAGUAUUUGUCUUAUGAAUUUGGUGAACCAGGAGGAUUAUAGUCGUGAGGAUGAAGAGAUUGUAAUGGAGAUAGCGAAGCUAAGAGAAGAGCAGGAGGCGCUGGAGGAGGAGCUUCAAGGGAUGACGAAGCGACUCGAGACCACGGAACGCCGUCCGCAGCAGAUGAUGGCCUUUCUCUACAAGGUCGUUGAGGAUCCCGAUAUCCUCCCCCGCAUGAUGCUCCAGAACAAAGAACGGACCAAUCAGCUCAACGAGAAGAAGCGCCACCUCGCGAUUUCCUCAACGACGACGUCGUCCAACUUCUCGUCGCCGUCGGUAAAGACGGAGGAGCUGGAGGACGACGUCGGAACGACGGGGGUGGUUUCGUCCUCCUCGCCGGAGACGGGUUUCGAGAUGGAGAGCUUUUACCAGUCUUCGCCAUCGCCGGAGGGGCCGCCGGUGGCUGGGUGGUGGGGCCAGGGAGGAUUCACGGCCGUUCCUAGCCCGCUUUCGGCAGUACAGGUCUCCGGAAUCGGGAACGGCGCAGCGGUGGCGAAUUCGGCGGCGAGUAUUAUCUCCGGAUAUGGAAAUGCGAAUGGUGGUAGUGGGCAAAUAGGUUAUUUUGCGGAGUCAAAUCGUCCUCCGGUUCAACCGCCUUAUCCUUUCUCGUUGUUUGGAGGUGGUUUUUAAUUCGUUAGUUGCUUCACGAGAUUUAUCUUCUUCUUUUGUAUUUCUCCUUAUUAAUAUUAUUAUUUGCUUUAUUUCUUUUUCUUUUUCUAGGGUAUUUUAUUUUUUUGGUUUUAUGUAAACAGAAAAGAAUUAAUAAUAUGUUUUGAUAUAUUGA